UCUUCCAAGUUGGACAUUGAAGGUACAAAAGAGCCUCAAGGUUCAAACAUGAAACACCUCAGAACUCCAAGAGAACACUAGAAAGAAUCAUUCUCCUUCCAAGUCUCCAACUGCAUAUAUUAUUGUACAUUAAUCAAAGUCCAUCCUCUCUAGCAAACCAACACAACAGAAACAGCUUCCUCUAGCCGUUAACUCUUUAUUUUCUUUGUGGAUAAAGCAUCUUCAACUUCUUUUCUGCUUCAAAAUGCGCUCCGGAGAUCUUGAGGCUGGCGGGCCACCACGACACCAACAGCUACAACAGCAGCAAGACCCUUCUCAGGCCUUGGCUUCUGGGAUUUUCCAAAUCAACACCGCCGUGUCUUCCUUUUCUCGCCUUGUCAAUUCCCUUGGCACUCCCAAGGACACUCUCGAACUCCGUGACCGGCUGUACAAGGCAAGGUUACACAUUGGGGGGUUGGUGAGAGAUACUUCAGCUAAACUUAAACAGGCUAGUGGAACUGACCAGCAUUUGGAAGUUAGUGCUGCCAAGAAGAUCACUGAUGCUAAGCUUGCAAAAGAUUUCCAGUCGGUUCUUAAGGAAUUUCAGAAGGUUCAAAAGCUUGCAGUUGAGAGGGAAGCAACGUAUGCUCCUUUUGUCCCCAAAGAAGGUCUUCCAUCAAGUUCUGAUGCCCAUGAGCGGGAGGAUAUGAGUUCAUCUCGGUCUCCCGAACGACAGGCUCUUAUUCUAGAAUCCAAAAGACAAGAUCAGGUCGUACUGGUGGAUGAGAUUAUACUUAAUCAAGCCAUUAUAGAAGAAACAGAGCAGGGGAUCACAGAAAUUCAGCAACAGCUAAUUGAGAUAAAUGAGAUUUUGAAGGAUCUCGCGUUCCUGGCCCUGAACACCUGAACAAUGAUUGAUAAAUAAUCAUACAGUCCAAUCAUUUGGAGCUGACAUCCACUUUCUGAGGUUUUCCCGCAAAUGAUGU